UGCUGUCAUUCCUAUAUGAGCCAGUUGUCGGUGGGACAGAAGAUCAUGACCGAGACCCUCCGGCUCCCCUCCUUCCAGGUGCAGGCCCCGGGGGACUGGCAGACCCCGGAUGGAGACCCAGGAUCGGAAGCCUCCGCCGGGGGAAAGGUACCCAUUGCGGGUGGUGACUCUUCCGCCCUCUCCAGUUCUGCCACUCCGUCCCUCCGCCGCAAGCGCUUCAAGAUGCGGCGCAUGAAGAAUGUGCAGAGCGAGAGCAGCGUGACCCCGGCUGUGUCUGCAGCGGCUGCCACUAUGAGGUCAGAGGUUAUGAGUAAGGGCCAGGGGUCGCACUCCUUCUCAGGGGGCAUGGAGUAUUUACAGCUGCCGUCCAUCGAGAUUACACCGUCCAGCGAUGAGGAGGCGGCAGCCACCUGGUCCAACUGUUCCACACCCAGCGCUUCACCGCGACGCAAACGCUUCCUGCUGCACCGCUGGCUGAACGUGCGCGAGAAGAAGGAUCACGACAGUGAGAGCAGCAGGGAGAGCAGCCUACACAGCAGCCACGAGGAGGACUCCGCUCGCUUCUUGACCCCUCACAGUCGGGAGGAGAGCACUGCUAGCAAUUCGAACCGGAGCACGCCCACUUGCUCGCCCGUCCUGCGCCAUCGCUCUCGCUCACCCACGCCCCAGCAGAGCCUGGACCCCAGUGGUGAGAACAUGGUGGAGAAGGGCCACUCGGACCCCUCCUCUGACAAGGACAAGUCCCCCUCCACCAUAGAGCAGGUGGUGCAGCGCACUUACAGUCAGUCGGUACACUCCACCACACGCAGCCACGGGGGCAAGAACUCCAAGAAAAGCCAGAGCUGGUACAACGUAUUGAGUCCCACGUAUAAGCAACGCAAUGAGGACUUCAGAAAACUCUUCAAGCAGCUACCCGACUCAGAACGCCUCAUUGUGGACUACUCCUGUGCCCUGCAAAGAGAUAUCCUGCUGCAGGGGCGCCUCUACGUCUCGGAAAACUGGAUUUGUUUCUAUAGCAACAUCUUCCGCUGGGAAACGCUGCUGACGGUGCGGCUGAAGGAUAUCUGCAGCAUGACCAAGGAGAAGACGGCCCGCCUCAUUCCCAACGCUAUCCAGCUGUGCACUGACAAUGACAAGCACUUUUUCACCUCGUUCGGAGCGAGGGACCGGACAUACAUGAUGAUGUUCAGACUAUGGCAGAAUGCUCUGCUAGAAAAGCCCUUGUGUCCCAAAGAAUUGUGGCACUUUGUCCAUCAGUGUUAUGGCAACGAGCUGGGUCUGACCAGUGACGACGAGGACUACGUGCCGCCGGACGAUGACUUCAAUACCAUGGGGUACUGCGAGGAGCUGCCCGUGGAGGAUAAUGACACCAAUUUCGCCAAGAUGCCUGACGCCAAGGGCGACACCAGCCCCCUGUUGUCUCACAGAGCCUUCCCCAACAACGCCCUACCCUGUCCGAGCACCAUCGAAUCACUCCUCCCCUUUAACUUGGCUGUCGUGGACGAGUUCCCCCUGUGUCUCCCCGAUGGCGAACUCCUGACCCUCCAGUUGCCGGGGUUGGACAACCGGAGCAGUGGUCACAGUAGUCCCGCCCCCUCGCCCUCGCUGGACUUCAACGACAACGAGGACCUCCCUACCGAGCUCAGCGACUCCUCCGAGACGCACGACGAAGGGGAGGUGCAGGCCUUCCAUGAGGACCUGAAUGGGAAGCAGUACAUCAACGAGGUGUACGAGUUCAGCGUUGACAAGAUGUACGACAUCCUCUUCACCGAGUCCACCUUCAUGAGGGACUUCCUGGAGCAGAGACGCUUUUCAGACAUAGUCUAUCACCCCUGGAAGAAAGAGAAAGAGGAGACGGGCAACCAGACCAGAGAGAUCAUGUACACCAUCUCCCUCACGAACCCCCUGGCCCCCAAGACAGCCACCGUUACUGAGACGCAGACGCUGUACAAGGCCAGCCAGGAAAGCGAGUGCUACAUCAUAGAUGCCGAGGUGAUAGCACACGACGUCCCCUACCAUGACUACUUCUACACUCUAAACCGCUACGUGCUCACCAGGGUGGCCAAGAAGAAGUGUCGGCUCAGGGUAUCCACAGAGCUGCGCUACAGGAAACAGCCGUGGGGGCUGGUCAAGGGCUUCAUCGAGAGGAACUUCUGGAGUGGCUUGGAUGAGUACUUCAGACACUUAGAGCUGGAGCUGAGUAAGGUGGAGGUGGUCCUGGCCGAGCCCCAUAGACAGUCCCCCAAGGCCAGGGCUCUACGGGCAGGUGCAUUGAGGCGUCGGAAACGGCCCCUGGUCCACCUGAGGCCCCCACACAUGGACGAAGCCCUCAGCUCCGUCACCACGCCCGAGGACGAGGAGGUCACCCACCGCCACCGGAUCAAACACGUGGCAGGUUCCACUCAAACCAGAUACAUCCCGGACAAUGUCCCAGGGGGCCUAGCGCUCUACAGUGUCUCCAAGCUACUCCUCAUCAUCAGCUUUGUCCUAGUAUUGCUGGUGUUUCUGAACAUGAUGCUGUUCUAUAAGCUGUGGAUGCUGGAGUACACCACACAGAGCCUGACCUCGUGGCAUGGCCUACGACCACAAGAAAGUAAACUUCCACAGACGCAGCUGGAGUGGGCCCAGCUUCUGGAGUCGCAGCAGCGGUACCAUGACGAUGAGCUGCAGAAGUGGAAGGAGAUCAUCAAGUCGUCGGUGAUGUUGCUGGACGAGAUGAAGGACUCAUUACUAAACCUGCAGAAGGGCAUGGGCUUAAGAGACUAUAACUCUGAAACGGAGGAGAAGAGGAGUCGAUAUCACUGACAAACAGACAAUCCUAAGCCACCAGCCAGGACAUUAUGUGCAAUAUCUAAGGAACCAUUUAUGGGAAAGUCUUGGGAAAAGUCUUAGGAAAACAAGAGAAAUAUGUUUUCUUGCACGGGGGAACGACGACAGGUCUCCCAGACCGACCGACUCCACUCCCACCGCCCAACGUCUGGCAGAAAGUUACCUCAUCACCACCAGGACAGGAUUGGGGCAGACGCCGUCUGCACCGUUGCAUCAUGGGAAAAGACAACGGCGCCAUGACCUACAUUGGCCUAAACUCUGACUUUUUUCAUCACCUCGUUCUCUGAGAGUGUUUUACUGUAAAGUGUUUUGUUUUGUUUGUUUUUUGGGCCACGUACGGACAAAGCAAAGAUAGAAGGGAUGGGUCAGGGAAGCUUGCAUUUCUUGUCUCCGUCGGAAAAAAAUACGUUUUCGGUGGAGAUGUGUAUUGAAACGUUGGCAUAUUUGUCUCAGAAGAGCAAAAAUAGUACUGGGUCAGGGGUUCCUUGUGUUCCUCCGUAGCCUUUUUAGGAACUCUUGGACAAAGUUUUGGAGCUGCAGUAUCCCUUUUUUUUUUUACAGACCUUUGGACUCUGGGACCAGGUUACGAUCAGAAACGGAACCACAAUCAACGUGCAGUGUUUUAACACAACCCAUUAUUUCUAGGAUAGAACCACCAGGGAUCAUAGUAUAUUAUAAAUACAUAGAUAUAUAU